AAUGCAAUUUAAUAUUCGAAAAGAGUGAGUUCGUCGAUUAACAUUGUUUAAAAAUGAAGUUGUAUAAUUUAAUAACUAUUGCCAUCGCCAUGGUGUUGGUUGUACUGAUCUUUACGCCAGAGACAAAAGCGGCAUCCGAAGAAGAAGAAGAGAGCACUAGCGAUGAACCUCAACAAACUGAACCUUCAACCACUGCACCAGCACCUAUUAGGCCUGGUCCUUUCAGACCCGGUCCCUUCAGACCGCCGUUCAGGCCUUUUCCUUUCUUUAGACCUUUUCGAUUCCCACUUUUGAACGCUACUGGUGGUUUUCCUGGCCGCCCGUCUCCCCCGUCCCGCCCAUUCCCUUUCCCAAUCUUGCCUCCCCUUAACUUCUCUGGAAAUCCAAUUUCCUCUAAUUAGCGAUUAUGACCAGGAGUUAAUCCUUCCGGUUCCGUCGAAAACAACGCUGCUGCACAAUCUCCGGCUAAUCAAAAAUACAAUAACUUUUCUCCCCAGCUGUUUACGACAACCUUGAUGCCCACCAGCAAAAUGAACAUCUAAAAGGAGCCUCUUAUACCAGAACCCCUAGAGAGUUUCUUUAUAAUUCUUUCAUUGUCAUUUUCCCAAUCACAUUUUAAUCAAUUACUUUCUAUAAUUUCUCUCAUAUAUAAGAAUAAGAACAAGAGAAAAUAUAUUACACUAUAUACAGAUAUUAUAUAAAUAAAAGAGAAAUAAAUCAAAUAAAAUAAAUGCCGAAA